AUGAACCCUCACACUCGUGAUGACGCCUGGCCCAAGUAAAGGCUCUGCGCCGGGGCGCGCCCCGCGCGCUCACGCCACCCCGCCUACCACUGAAGCCGCACCCAUGGCGAUGCUGGCCCAGCGCCGCCCGCUCGCGGGCUGCGCUGUCCUCCUCGGGGCGCUGCUGCUGGGGCUUCCCGCCUCCGCGCGCAGUGAGGACGCCGCGGCCGCGGGCGAGGCAGCUCGCACGGCGAAGCGGGCCCAGAGGAAGGAGGACAAUUGGCUGAAGGCCAUACUCGCGUGUCCCCUCUGCAAGGGCAAGGAGGUGCUGAGGUGCUACCACCCCUGCAGGGAGGGGGGCGGUGGCAUGGCCCAGUGCCUCUCCGGCUGCAUGACGAACAACCCGAUGGUGCUCGACAUGAUGCUCAGGAUGGUGCCCAAGGAGGAGCCCGCGCCCAGCGGCGCGGCCGAGCCGAACGCCAGCGAGGGCGGCGCCGAGGUCCGCCCGCUGGCCGCGGCCCCCGCGGCGCUCCCGCUCGGGCGGGCGGGCCCCGGCCUGGCCGCCGCGCCCCGCUCGGCCGAGCUCUGAGGGGCCGCGCCGGGGGCCGCCGCCGCCGCCGGCCUCGAGCGGGCUGCGCCGAGCGGCCCUCUCCGCCACAAAGACUGCAUGUUCGGGAGCCUAGAGGAUUGUACGCUCUAUACAUCGCCACCUAGAGUCAGCGAUUUGAUACGCCGCCACCCUCCCUGAAGGCGCAGGCGAAUGUCGUCGGCGGGUGCCCGCGUAUGUAUUUUUUGUGGCGUACCCUCGGGGGCUCGCCGAGCUCACGGGCCGCCUCGUGGGCCGAGCUCAGGCCUUCGAGCCCAGCGGCCCGCCGCCAGGGCGCUCUGGCCGCCGCCGCUGGUGGCCCCUGCAGCAGCUGCUGCAGCGCCGGCCGACUGCCGUGGGUGGCCUGCUGGCGGCGGCGCUGCCAGGGGCGCCCGCGCGCGGAUGCGUCGGCGGGUUCGAAGAGGGGGUCCCGAUCCUUUGAACCGCCGAGCUUGGGGGGUCGCGGCCGGCAGCUCGCGGGCUGCCCAGCUGGACCGGGCGCGCGCCCCCCUUCCGUUGGCCGCUUCGCGCUGGCGCAGCAAGCGGGGAGGGCGUUUCCACGCGCAGCAAGC